AAUAUUAACUGAAUAAGUAUUAAUAAUAGAAAUUAAUGGAUAUUUUAAUUAAUAUUGGAAAUGAAAGAAAUAUGUGCGACUACGCUAAAAUGAAGAAUAAUGAAAACGAGUAUUCAUGUCAUGUUCAUGUUAAGGUUAAUCCUAACCUCGAUCUGUGUGGAGACUAAACCGGAGCAACUGAUGUCGAUUCAAUCGUAAACCUGUCGUCUAUCGUUGAUAAUAUCUGCAAAAGUACCAACAUUUUUUAAUCAUGAUGGUGAAAUAAUUUAUUUUAUAGAAAAUUAGAAAUAAAUAUUAUAAGAGGAAAAAAUAAAAUUCUACAGAAUAGAAAUACAUUACAGAAGGAGAAAAAUUUAUAAGUUAAUUUAAGCAGAAAAAAAGAAUCAAUUGAGAUUAUUGUGAUCAAGAAAUGACGCCAAAGAUUUUAUUUCGUGGGACAAGCCAAAUAUUGCGCGGCAAAUUAAAUUUGCUGAGUUCCAAGUAUAAUCCUAAUAGUACAUGCAAUGCUGCAUCCAUGUCCACAUUGCCGCCCGACAGUCCGAUGAACGUGUUUGACAGGAACACGAAGUUGUUACAGCGCGAACGCGCCGCCAAGGACGCUAAUGUCCAGCUUUAUGAUUACAUCAAGGAUGAAGUGGGCGACAGACUAGCCGAUCGAAUAUUUGAUAUCAAACGAAAGUUUGGCAGGGCUCUCGACCUGGGAUGCGGACGCGGUCACGUGUCCAAGCGGAUCUUCAGCGAGUCCGUGGAGGAACUGGUGUUGGCCGACAUGAGUCCAAGUUUCCUGCAGCAAGCUGAGACCAUGGAGGGUGUAAGGGUUAAGAAAGAGACCAUUGAUGAGGAGAAUCCAUCCUUUGAGCCCAACAGCUUUGAUAUGGUGAUCAGUUGUCUAAGUCUUCAUUGGGUCAAUGAUCUUCCCGGAUGCUUUAGACGUAUCAACAGUAGUCUGAAGAACGACGGAGUCUUCUUGGCAGCUGUAUUUGGCGGCGAAACGCUUUACGAGUUAAGAAGUUCCUUGCAAUUAGCUGAAUUCGAGAGGCACGGUGGGAUCUCGCCACAUAUUUCACCAUUCGUGGAAAUCAGGGACAUUGGAUCGCUGUUAACAAGAGCGAAUUUUACUAUGUUGACUAUCGAUACGGACGAGAUAGUCAUUGGUUACCCAAGCAUGUUCGAGCUUAUGUGGGACCUGAAAGGAAUGGCUGAAAGUAAUGCAGCUAGGAAUCGUAAUUUACAUUUACCGAGAGACACGCUUAUCGCGGCCGCAUCUAUAUACAAAGAGCUCUACGGAAAGACGAAAGAAGACAAUACCGCGUUUGUUCCUGCCACGUUUCAGAUAAUAUACAUGUUAGGAUGGAAACCGGAUGCGUCUCAACCAAAACCUCUUAAGAGGGGAACGGGAGAAGUGUCGCUUAAGGACUUGUACAGACUCAAUAAAAUAAUCAAAGAUAGCAAGAAGAUAAAAUUGGAUGACGAUGAUAAAUAGCCUGUAUUAAAUAACUUUUAUUUGAUCGCGCGUUGAAUGUAAAUAUUCAAUGUAUAUUAGUAGUAAAUAUAAGACAUUGUAGAAUUAAAAAGAAAUUUAAAACCCAUGAACCAAAAGAGAAAUAUAUUUAGUUUCGCAUUGUAGAAUUAUUUAAUGAAUAUUAAUAAAUUUUUAAACAUUUAUGAUUUAAAAAUAAAAGUGAUUUUAGACGUGUAGCGUCUUAAAACUUAUUUACAAUGUAAAAUUUAAUUACAAUUACUGGAAUUCAUUUACGUGAUCUCUUGUAUCAGCAGAUACCAAUUUUCGUGAUUGAUCGUAAUCAUGUACUCUACAACGUCUGUAAAUAUUUUAAACUGUCUUACGUUUACUUUUAUACAAACUUAACAAAAUCUAUAUAAAUUGUAUAAAUUCUUUUUUUUUAAAUGGUAGGCAUAAAAAAUAACUUAUUCAACAGU